AUGCCGUCCACUCUACGUGCUGCCUCAGACGCGAUCCCGACGCGCCUUAAACCUCCUCUACUAGUUCUCAUGAACCUCGUCCUUUCCACAGCCUUCUCCUAUUUCGCGUCUCCCUGGAUAUAUAAGGAUGUCACCGCGAUCCAACGCCCCAUGACCUCUCUCAGCGACUAUAUGGGCCUUGUAGGAUGGCGAAUCAUCGAGCUUAUGUGCCACUGGGUCGGCGGCUGGGAUGCGACCCAAGCAGCUUCCCUAGUAAUGCUCUCUCUCGCGCCAUCCAUGCAUUACAUGCACACCUUCCAACCGUCACAUUCCCCUUUGAUACCAACCCUUGCAGUUGUCGCGGCAGGAGAUCUUCUAAGUCUUUAUCUACCACUCUUAUUUCUUCGCCAGAGCCCCCCGGAUUCGAAGUCAACUCCCGCAAAGAAAGAGAAUAAGAUCUUUGACACAACAAGACUCCUAACCACGCUAUUAACAAGUACACUCUAUCAAUUAGUGCUUCACUCUACAGGCAAGAAGUUUCUCGUGGGCUGGCUGAUCAGCUCCGGAUGGGAUAUUGAAAGCGUUGUGCGCGUGCAUGAUGCCCCCGAGGGGGUGCUGCUGGCAAGAUCUCUUCUGAUGAUUCCAAUCGGAUGGGCUGCAUCAGAAAUAAUCUUCUACUCUCCUAACGAUGCCACGGACUCCGCGAUCACUACAUAUCCACCAGUGGAGAAGAAUGAAGGGCCAGGAGAAGAAGCGACGGGUGUUUGGGCCUAUAUCCUUCGUCUGUGGCUGAAGUCACUUUCGCCCCGAGGCCGAAAGAUCGUGAAGCGGACUCUGUUGGUUGCGGCCUACCAAGGUGUUAGCGCAACUGUAGCUUUGGCUGGGACAGUAAAGGGAGGGGAUUUCAAGGGCGCUAUGGGUAUUAGCGGGGUUUGGACCCUCGCGACCGUCCUUGUAGGGGCUAUUUUGGGAUGGGUCGGAAAUGUUUAA